AUGGCGGAAGAGUCCCCCGAGAUACAGGCCGCUUUGCGGAACCUUGAUCGGGAAUUGGAGGAGGGCGAUAUCACCGAGAAAGGAUACCAGAAGCGACGUACGGUCCUGCUCUCGCAAUAUUUCGGUCCCAACAAGCCCCUUGAGAUCAAUACACAGACCAAUGUUGGCUAUGAUGCAUCCCCAACCAGUCCUGGAAGGGCCCCGCCGGCCAUUUUGAGCGUUCGCCCACCAACCGCCGAAUCUUCCCUGCCACACAUCGCUUCCCCAAUUUACGCAGACAGUUACAAUGGCUCACAGGGCAGCGGAGGCGUCGGAUAUGGUCAAGGUGCCGGUAUACAUACACAGGAUCAGUCGCAUGCAUCGCUAGGAUCUCAUAGCAGAGAAGGCAUGCUCCAAGCCCAUGAUCGCGCGCCUUCAGGGAGCUCUUACGACUCUCUAUUCCUUCCUAGACCCCCGAUUCCAGGGUCACAAGGCCAGGAUGGCUCCAGAACGGCGACUUUAAUGAGUCAGAACUACGCGUUCAACCCGAACUCUCAGCCGGAGUACAUGUCUCAGCCCGAGUACGCUCAGGAGUACGCCCAGGAAUAUCCCCAGGAGUAUGUCCCCGCCGAACACGCUCAACCUGAGUACGCGGACGACAGCAUGGCACAUUAUGAUCCAGCGUCGGGAGGACCCACGCGACAGUCAACAAUGCUUGAUUCCCAACAGGGGUACUUUUCCGACUUUGCGGGGCAACAGCAUGAUGAUUAUAGGGAUAGCUAUGGAGGCGGCUUCCACCGUUAUUCUCAGUCUGGGGAGGCCUUUUCGCCAACAGCAAACAUGGCCCCGCCAUUGAUGCCCGCCGCGGCGGAACUUCAUCAUGGACCAGCUAUUGAGCACCUACUUCCCCUCGAACCCCGAGAGAUUCCUUUCGCAUUGAACGAUCCGCACGACAAGAAUGUCCCCAUGUCCAACUUUGACAAUCUUCCCACGGUCUUACGGCAUCGUGCUCGAGCUCACCCCAAGCAGGCAGCAUAUUGGGUGCUGGACGCAAAGGGCAAGGAGGUUGCAUCGAUAACGUGGGAAAAGUUGUCUAGCCGCGCAGAGAAGGUUGCUCAGGUCAUUCGUGAUAAGAGUAAUCUAUAUCGCGGAGAUCGCGUCGCUCUCAUCUACCGUGAAGCUGAGAUUAUCGAGUUCGCUGUCGCGCUUUUAGGUUGCUUUAUCGCAGGAGUCGUUGCCGUGCCUAUCAACAGUCUAGAUGACUACACAAGUCUAAAUCUCGUGCUCACCUCAACCCAGGCACACUUGGCUUUGACAACCGAGAACAACUUGAAGAACUUCCAACGCGAUAUCACAGCACAAAAGCUGAGUUGGCCGCGGGGAGUUGAGUGGUGGAAGACGAAUGAGUUCGGCAGUUUCCAUCCAAAGAAGAAGGACGAUACGCCUGCGCUGCAGGUCCCUGAUUUGGCCUAUAUUGAGUUUGCGAGGGCCCCGACGGGUGAUCUGCGUGGUGUUGUGAUGAGUCACCGGACUAUCAUGCACCAAAUGGCAUGUCUGAGUGCGAUCAUCUCUACGGUUCCUGCGGAGUCAAGCGCCAGGCAGUAUGGCACUAAGGGAGAGACUAUCAUCAGUUACCUCGAUCCGAGACAAGGAAUUGGUAUGAUCUUAGCCAUUCUUUUCACCGUUUAUGGUGGUCACACAACCGUUUGGCACGAGGACCGGGCGGUAGAAACACCCGGUUUAUAUGCCCACCUCAUCACCAAGUACAGGGCAUCAGUCAUGGCGACCGAUUACUCUGGCUUGAAGAUCGCUACCUACAACUACCAGCAAGAUCCGAUGUCGACAAGGCAUUUCAAAAAAAACUCGGAGCCUAAUUUCAGCAGCGUCAAACUCUGUCUCAUCGAUACACUUACUCUUGACCCUGAGUUCCAUGAGAUCCUGGCAGACAGAUGGCUUCGUCCAAUGAGGAACCCACGGGCUAGAGAAAUUGUGGCACCAAUGCUCUGCUUGCCAGAACAUGGAGGUAUGGUCAUUAGUAUGCGCGAUUGGCUCGGUGGUGAAGAGCGAAUGGGAUGUUCUUUGACGCAUGAAAUGGACCCAGCCACCCGUGACGACGCUAAGAAAGAAGAUGAGAGCCUUACCAAGUCUGAAACUAAAACUGGCUUCGGAAGCAGUCUGUUGGGCGGUGGAUCGCGAGUUUCGACGACCAAGCAAAGCCCUAAGAAUGAGCUAAGUGAAGUCCUCCUAGACAAAGAGGCCUUGAAGAGCAAUGAAGUGGUUGUGCUGGCCAUGGGUGAGGACGCCCGAAAGUAUGCCAGCAGUAUGCCGCACGCCGUACGCGUUGGCGCUUUCGGCUACCCAAUUCCCGACGCAACUCUCGCCGUCGUUGAUCCGGAGACCAAUCUUCUCUGUACGCCAAACGUUAUUGGAGAGAUUUGGGUUGAUUCACCCUCUCUUUCCGGUGGCUUCUGGGCAUUGCCGAAACACACAGAGGCCAUAUUCCACGCUCGUCCCUACAAAUUCGAGGAGACUAAUCCGACCCCGAUACUCGUGGAACCUGAGUUCCUCCGCACUGGUCUGCUCGGAUGUGUGAUUGAGGGCAGACUUUUCGUGCUCGGUCUCUACGAGGAUCGUCUGCGCCAAAAGGUCGAGUGGGUUGAGCACGGCCAGGAGAUUGUCGAACAUCGAUACUUCUUCGUUCAACACUUAACUGUUAGUAUUCUUAAGAAGGUGCCUAAAAUCCAUGAUUGUACUGCGUUUGAUGUGUUUGUCAAUGAAGAACAUCUUCCAGUUAUUGUUUUGGAGUCUUACUCGGCCUCGACGGCGCCAACAACUUCUGGCGGUCCACCAAGGCAGCUCGACUCGGUGCUCCUUGAUUCGCUCGCCGACAGGUGUAUGGAGGUAUUGUACCAAGAGCAUCAUCUGCGAGUGUACUGCGUUCUACUUACAGCCCCGAACAGUCUGCCGCGCGUCACCAAGAACGGCAGACAAGAAAUUGGUAACAUGCUCUGCCGCAAAGAUUUCGAGGCCGGUAUGCUUCACGCGGUGCAUGUCAAGUUUGGAGUCGAACGAUCAGUGAUGAAUCUGCCGGUCGGUGUUGACCCGGAAGGUGGGAUCUGGUCCCCCACUGCUCUGGCAUCACGACAAGACUUGCUUGCCUAUCAGGAAAAGCAAUACUCGGGUGUGGAUUAUCGCGAUGUGGUGAUGGAUGACCGAACUUCCACCCCAUUGAACAACUUCAACACGAUCGUCGACCUUCUUCAAUGGCGAGUCUCGCGCCAAGCCGAGGAACUGGCUUAUUGCUCUAUCGAUGGCCGUGGAAAGGAAGGAAAGGGCGUCACCUGGAAGAAAUUUGACCUCAAAGUCUCUGCAGUGGCGACCUACCUCAAGAACAAAGUGAAGGUACGACCAGGAGAUCAUCUCGUGCUGAUGUACACCCAUUCGGAGGAGUACAUCUAUGCCAUUCAUGCUUGUCUGUGCUUAGGUGCCGUUGUCAUCCCGAUGGCUCCUAUCGACCAAAACCGUCUUUCAGAGGAUGCCCCUGCAUUCUUGCACGUCAUCAGCGACUUCAAUGUCAAGGCCAUCAUCGUCAAUACCGAGGUAGACCAUGUCAUGAGGCAGAAGCUUGUGUCGCAGCAUAUCAAGCAGUCCGCCCAAGUCCUUCGCAUUGGUGUUCCUGCUAUUUACAAUACCACAAAGCCCUCGAAGCAGUCCCACGGAUGUCGCGAGCUCGGCUACACUGUGAAAGAUACUUGGCUCCAGGGCACCCUACCCGCUAUGGUCUGGACUUAUUGGACCCCAGAUCAGCGAAGAAUCUCGGUCCAAAUUUCUCAUGAAACAAUCAUGGGCAUGUGCAAGGUUCAAAAAGAAACCUGCCAAAUGACAAGCUCGAGGCCAGUGCUUGGAAGCGUCCGAAGUACCCUCGGUCUCGGAUUUCUCCACACCUGUCUGAUGGGCAUCUUCGUCGGUGCACCUACGUAUCUUGUUUCGCCAGUCGACUUCGCACAAAACCCAAUGACCCUAUUCGUAACACUUGCUCGGUACAAAAUCAAGGAUACUUACGCCACCAGUCAGAUGUUGGACUACGCAAUGAGUGCUAUGGCUGGAAAAGGCUUCCAGCUUCAAGAACUGAAAAACCUCAUGAUUUCCGCAGAGGGCCGACCUAGAACGGAUAUCUAUGGAAAGGUACGCCUACAUUUCGCCAAUGCCAGCUUGGAUCGUACCUCGAUCAACGUCAUUUACUCGCAUGUUCUCAACCCGAUGAUUACCACACGAUCAUACAUGUGCAUUGAGCCCAUCGAGCUAUGGCUCGACUUGCGAAGCCUCCGUCAAGGUCUUAUCUACCCCGUGGACCCGGAUGCCGAUCCCACCGCGCUUUUGCUGCAGGAUUCGGGUAUGGUACCAGUCAACACACAGAUUGCGAUCGUGAACCCGGAGACCUGCACUCUCGCGCAUGUUGGAGAGUAUGGUGAAAUCUGGGUCCAGUCCGACGCUUGCGCUCAGGGAUUCUACAAAUCCAAGCAAGAAUUUGACUCCGAGCGAUUGAACGGCAGGGUUGCAGACGGCGACCCAAGCGUGCCUUAUGUCCGUACCGGUGAUCUUGGUUUCCUUCACACCGUUACUCGGCCAAUCGGUCCUGGCGGCCAGCCAGUUGAUAUGCAAGUACUGUUCCUCCUUGGUAGCAUCGGCGAGACCUUCGAGGUCAACGGACUCAACCAUUUCCCUAUGGACAUUGAAAACUCCGUGGAGAGUUGCCACCGCAACAUCGUGAAUGGAGGAUGUGCUAUUUUCCAAGCCGGUGGCUUGGUUGUUGUCGUGGUCGAGGUUACCCGCAAGGCCUAUCUAGCCGCUCUCGUCCCCGUCAUUGUUGAUGCUAUCCUCAUGGAGCACCAGGUUGUUGCAGAUAUUGUCGCAUUCGUCUCCCACGGCGACUUCCCCCGCUCGCGUCUGGGCGAGAAGCAGCGCGGAAAGGUUCUCGCCUCAUGGGUGACCCGGAAGCUGCGAACCAUUGCUCAGUUCAGCAUUCGCGACCUGGAGGGCGACAACCCCUUUGCGGACAUGCCUCAGCAUCGUAUGAGCAGAGUGUCCAAGGCUGGAAGCACAGUGGGCACCAGCAUCCGACAGUCUGCAGUGAAUCCGGACGACGCGGGGGUCCCUCGCUCUCCAGCUGGGGUGACACUGGAAGAGACUAGCCAUCCGGCGGCUAGUUUUCACACCGACCGAGCCGGGUCUAUACCGCAUGAACUUGGCAGUGCCACUGACAACAGCGUGGUUGCCACUCCUGUCCCGAAGCCUAACCCCGCUGUGCCUCACAUCAAGGAGCCACAGUCCGCCACGAUCGUAACCGAGUUUGACGAUCAGCACUACGACACAUUGGAAUCCGCUGCGGGUACCUCCAACACGGACCGUGAUUUCCGGUUCAGUUUUGACAUGGCCGACACCCCUGUCCAGUCUCAAUCGUAUGGAUAUCCUGGUGGUGAACAGCCCUCGAUGGGAGAGUCGCUUCCUAGCCAUCAGGGAGGGAGCAACGGCAGCGGCCAUGCGAUUGGCACAGCCCAUGCUGAGCCAGCACGUCCAGGCACACAGGGCAGCGGGACGAUCGAUGAUUGGCCCCAAGAAGCUCUCAUGUACCAGUCGGCACUAGGUGCAGAAGGCGGACACGACGUCCACCGCACGGGCAGCAACAAUGCUGCACCGCCCACUCGGCAACUGCGAGGCUUGAACUUGGAUUGA